GUGACCGAAACGGAGGUCAACGCUAUUCACCUGAAGCUCGAUGCCCACAACCACCCUGACAUGCCCAUCCUCGCCUUCCGUGUCGAGUACAAGACAGCCGGUGACAACUGGAUCAACGCCCAGUCCAUGGAGUUCAAGAAAGGCGAGCCCUACGUCAUCAACAGCCUCGCCGGGGACACUCUCUACGUCCUGCGAGCUUCUGCCAAGAACGCCGCCGGCUAUUCUGACUUCUCCUCCGACUUUAUGGAAAGAACCAAGAAGAUCCACGAGUCCCAGAGUCAGAUCUCGGCCGCGAACAGCCUCUCCGCCACUGCCCAGGCCUUGGUUCCUCUGGUGUUCCUCUUGGCUUCCCUCUUGUGAGCGAUUCCGUCCUCGUUCGGCGGAGAUGAUGAUGCGUUGUAAGCCUCUCUGUUCCAUUUUUUUUUUUUUUUUUUUUUAUGCAUUUUUUGGGGGGUAUGGCAACAGUGGCGUGAGAUUUUGAUUCAUUGAAGAUGAUUAAGAAAGAAAGACAGAAAGAAAGAAAAAAAUGUCUUGUGGAAAUUAAUUUAUGUUUUUUUUUUCUGUUGUUAGACUAGUUUCACGACAUAACACGAUCACUAUUUUUUUUCUCUCUAGAAUUACGCUUUCGUUGAUUAUUUGUAUUUAUCUCAUUAAGGAAAUGAGAACCAAUAUUUUCUAUAGCAUUUUAGCAAUUUUUUUUUCUCAGAGGAAAGAUAGAAAAACAAUAUUCAAACAUUAAACGCCAAGUCACACUCAGUUAAUAUUUUGACUAAAUAAUGUAUCACAUGUACACAUUUAGUAAAAAAAAAUAUAUAUAUAUAGAUUAGAUCCAAAAUAUGUUUAUACACUCGAAACGCUCACAAAAAAAAAAUAAAAUAAAAUAAAAUAAAUAUAGUUACUAAAAUAAAUAGACGAAAUUACCUGGCCCUCCCCCCCCCCCAAUCCCAUGCCUACCCUUCCUUCAAAAAAGUACCCCCCCCCCCUUCAUAUAAAAAAUAAAUAAAUAAAAUAAUAAAUAAAGGUAGAGAAAACUUACAUAAUUACUCAGCAUCACCUUGUUGUUUGUGUAAAAUCUCUGUCAUUUUUGUAGCUGUUUUGUAGUUAUUCAUCGUGUAUUUCUAAAUGAUAUUCAGUGAGUCAGUUGACUGAUAUUUGUACUAACAUUCCACAUGUUAGAUGAAGUAGAUAUUGAUAUAUCUGUCGAUACAACUGGAGAUUUAAAAAAAAGGAAAAAAAUUAUGAAAUUUGAUCAAAAUGUCUCAUGUUCAGUAUUGAUAACGUUUUGCUUGUUUUCCUUGUUUUAUUUGUGUAAUGGCAUACAUUUGUUGUGUAAGAUAAUUGUUUUUAAAAUGCAUUAGAAAAACAAACAAAUAAACAUGGCACCUCUUGAGAACAAAACCUGAGUUUCUGAAUUUUCGCGAGAUGGAAAAAAACGCCAAAAAUAUUUCGCGGGAAGAAAAGAAAACGCUAAAUAGUUUUUCUUCUUCUUUUUCUUAAAUCGCCUAAAAAAAUCAAAGCCAUCGUUUCGUGGGCGUUUUCUGGUCUCCUGUUUGUAGUCUUAUUUAAACAAAAACUGAGCCUGAACUUUAGAUGACCAGAAAUCCCCCAAGAACGGGAAGGAAAUUUUUUAUUUUAUUUUUUGGCCAACCUGAUUCUAUUCCACAAAAUAAAGAAGAGAGAAUUUUGUGAAAGGAAAAGGAAAUUUUCACGCGAAAGAAGGGGGGCGUGGAUUGCUUCAUACUAAAUAUAGUUGGUUCAUGAAGAUGUUUCGUGAGAUGUUUUCUUUUAUUCGAAAGUUCAUUAUAUCUUGUAAUACCAUGUUAGUGAAAAGUUGUGCUUACUGAGAUGAUGAAGAAAGAAAGAAAAAAAAAAUCAUGAUUUCUUCUCUUCGUCUUCUGCAAUGUUUUCUUGCUUGGGAGUUCAGUCUUCUUUCUCUUCCUCUCUCUCUCCUUCUCUUUAUCUUUCUCGUCUCUUUCUGUUGCCUCUUUCUCUUUCUGUCUUCUCUUUCUCUCCUUCUUUUUCUCUUCCUUUCUGUCUUUUCUUUCCCUUUCUCUUUCUCGUCUCCUUCUGUCGUCUCUUUCUCUUUCUAUCUUCUCUUUCUCUCCUUCUUUUUCUCUUCCUUUCUGUCUUUUCUUUCUCUCUCUCUCUCCUCUUUCCUACUUUCAUUAAUUUUCUUGUCCUUUCUUUUCUUCCCAGGGAAAGUAGGAAGGUAUUCAUUCUUUAUUAUGAAUUUGUAAAUAAAAAGAGUGAAAAAAAAAUCUUGGAAACAAAAUUCAUGUUUACACCAAAAAUAAUGAAUGUAAGUUGUAUUUUAGAUAAAGGAACAUUUCUUUCCUUUACUUUAAGAGUAGCAUUUAAAAAAAAAAUAAAAUGACAUGAGCUACUAUGUUUCAAUUCAAAAGAAGGUAGAAAAUAAAGAUAUGUUUUAUUUACAUUGUAUGCUGUACAUAAAGGCUGAUAGUAUAUAUAUAUAUUUACCUCCUGUGGUGUAAAUGAAGAGGAUAUGCAAAUAUAUUCGCUUGCUGUUUGCUCAGUCUAAUUCUAAUGAGCUGUCUCUGCGCUUUCAUCUCUUAAUGACUUCUUUACGGAUAAGAGGAAGAGAAAGAGAGAGAGAGAGAUGAAAGAAAGUUUGCCAUCAAUAGAAAAUGGAUUUGAUUUUUUUUUAUUCUACUUUGUUUAGGCUAUUUUACGUAAAGGGUUUUCGUUUUUGAUUUUUGAUUUCGUUUAGUUUUGUUGUUCCUUUUUUCUGCACUCGGUUUGCACCACAGGAGUGUGUUGUUGUGCGUCUUAUUAAGGAAUCUCUGUACUGAUGACGCUGACCAAUGUUUAAGAAAGAAAAAAAAAGGAAAAAAAAAAGUGUUUCGUAAUCUUGUCCUCCUCACUUCCUCGCUUUAUCUCUCUACUUGUAUUUCCCUAUUUCUUUUUUUUAUCUAUCUUUAUUUUUCUCUGUGUUUCUCUCCUCUGAACUUUUUUUUUUUAAUUAUCAUUUUUUUUUUAUUAGGAAAUAGGUCAUUAUCCAGUUUGUGAUGUCUUUGAGAAUUUCGACUUUAUUGGAAGUUUUGAGGUCUUGAAUUCUUGAUUCUUGAACUAAACACCGAUAUACCUUUGAUCAAACACCUCACACUUGUCAUGUGUUUGUUGAAUCUUUUUCUUAAGCAUUUCCAUUAGAAAAAAAGAGAAAGAGAUGAAAAGAAAAAGGAAGAAGAGAAAAUAUACUACAAAAACAUUGUCUUUAUCUCAAUUUCGUUAAAAGAACAUCAAAUAAAAACAGAAGAGAAUAUGAUAUAAAAUGAAAAUUGUUGAUUUUACCCCUAAUGAUUAUUUCUCGAUUAUAUAGUCCUAAUGAGAGAGAGUGAGAGAUGCCAACAAGUAUUUCUUUCCUUCUCUCUCUCUUUUUCUCUAUUUUUUUUUCUAAUGGAUAUGAAUUAUGACAGAGAGCAAUAUGAUGACUAUGAGGAUGACUGGUCAAUGGAGUUCAGUUGAUGACUUUAUGAGUAUUAACUCGUGUAUUUAUUAUUGUCCAUCCAACUGUAGAGGACAUCAUGUUUACCUUCUUUGUUGUACUUGGCUAAAGACCUUUUAACCAAAGACUUCAAAAAAAAAGAAAUAAUAAUAAUAAUUGUGAUUUUUGUAGUAUUGUCUGUAGUUUCCUGUUUGAAUGUACUAUAUGUCAUCCUUUCCGAGAUAUUUUUUGGCCCUGUACAACAAAAAAAAUAAGAUAUUAUAUAUAGGUGUAACGAAUGGAAAGGAAGCCGAGAGGUUUUCCAAUACCUUCGAGGCUAAAUCUUUUCCUAGUUUUUUUUUCAGUUUUCUGUGCCCAUCAAUAUCUGUUCUCAUAAGCCAUGUGAUUGCAAAACAUAUUUUUUUUAGAUAAAAAAAAAGAAAGGUAAAUAGGACUUAGUACAUAAUGCUGUAAUUUAGAAAGUAACCGUGAGGGAUGAUUAUGAGACAGAACUGUUUUUUAAGGUUUGGAUGAAGGACUUCUUGCUUGGGGUUUUGCUUGUGGGUGCUUGUGCAUGCGUGGGAAUUCAGUGUCUCGGUAUGUGUGCUUGUCUGUGUGUGUGUGUGUGUGUGUCUGUUUGUGUAUGGGCGUGCGUGUUUUCUGUGCGACUGCGUGUGAGUUUGUGUAAGUAUGUGUGUGUGCUUGCAUUUACUUGUGUAUGUUCGCAUUAUUUUAAUACUGACAUUAAUACUGACAGUUGUCUUUUUUUUUCUUUUUUUAGUAAGGAUUAGCAAAGAGUGACUCCGUGUCCGAGAGUGUUUUUUGUGAUGUAGGUUCAAAGCUUUUAGCACCUGGCGGAAAAUGAUAGACAUUUAUAUAAGCAUUCUAAACUUUAAUUUAGCACACUGGACAAAAGUCGACAGGGUUACAGAAAAAAAAAUAUGUUGAUGAUAGGGCACUGCUAAUAUCUGUCUUCAAAGCUACUCUUUUCCACAAGCAUAUUCUAACAUAGAGUAUUCAUUAGUCUCAGUCUUCAAGUUAUGAAAAGACGUGCAUGUUAAGAUUUAAAAAAAAUAGAAGAGGCUUUUUAUGCGAUUCAUGUCAAAUAAAUUCUUAAAGUAGAGAUGGGAUUCAGGUGUUUCUGAACCCCCAACGACUGUAGACGGAGAUGAAUAAAAGGGUUCAUAAUGUUCGAGAUAGGAUCGGAACAAACAAGACAUCGAUCAUUUCUAUCUCCAAGACAAACGAUGAAAUCCCUUUUACUGAAAUGAAAUGAAUGAACGUGUAAACAAAUCAAAUAAAAAACAAAAUCACCACCACCAACAACAAAAACCAAUAAAUAUAAGCUUCAGAUGUACUAUCCUAGGAAAUUAUAUUUUACAAAUUUUAAGGUUUUUAAGUGUACUAAACCUCAAAGACUAGAAAUGGAAAAUGACAAGUGUUGCCCACCGAAGAGUUGUGUCUGAGUCCUGAUCACUUAUUGUCCUUCCAGCUCGUGUUCGCUCCCUCGGUGUAUAUACUGUAACAUGUUUGGCGCUCUUGCUAAACCAAUAAAAAGUGCCAGAAAUAAA